GGCUGAAUGUGGGAAAUGUCAGGCAGAACUUCAAGAGGAGCUGUGAUGGCAACUGGGCUGCGGUAUCCCAACAAGGUGGUGAUAGUAACCGGUGGCACCAGUGGCAUCGGUGAAGCCAUUGUCAGAGAAUUUGUCCACCAAGGAGCCAAAGUUGUGUUCUGUGCCCGAGAAAGUGAAGAAGAACAGGGGAAGAAAAUUGUGCAGGAACUGGAGUUUUGUGGGGGCCCUGGGGAAGUUUACUUCCAGAUCUGCGAUGUUCGCUGUGAAAAAGCUAUUCAGAAUUUGGUUGCUGGGACCAUUGAACUUUAUGGAAAACUUGACUGCCUGGUAAACAAUGCUGGAAUUGCUUCCAAACUCAAACCAAUCGAUAAUAUCACUAUGGAAGAAUUCCACAAUGUCAUGGACACCAAUGCUGUCGGCUCCUUCUUAACAUCUAAGGGUGCUAUUAGUGCGAUGACAAAAGCCCUGGCCAUCGAUGAGAGCAAAUAUUGUGUCCGGGUCAACAGCAUUUCGCCUGGCAUUAUCUGGACUCCACUGCAAGAAGGGAUUGUGAAUCAACAACCUGAUCCAAAGGCAGCAAUCCAGGAAAGCAAAGAUUCUCAGCUUUUGGGACGGAUGGGGACCCCUGCAGAGAUUGCGAAGGCUGCCCUGUUCCUUGCUGCCGAUGCCACAUUCUGCACAGGAUUUGACCUUGUGGCCAGCGGUGGAGCAGAGCUUGGAUUUGCCCAUAAGAGUCAAGUUACUUCUGGAUGUGGCUCUAAAGACUAGUAGAGUCAACCAGGAUGGGAGGAUUGCAGUGGCUACAAAGUAGAAUGCCAAUCUAUUUGAUUUCCAUUUAGGUCGAGGACUAUCUCACAAGGUAGUUGUAUCUGCAUUGCCCAUAUAAGAAAAGACCAAAAAGCUUUUAGAAUUCUAGAUCUGUGGUUUCCAGCAUUUGGUCCUCCAGUUGUUUUGGUGCCCCAUUCCAACCACAUCCUUCAACCUAGAGCUCUGUCAAGGAAUAGGUCCCUUCCCAUAUUAUUCCCAGAUGUGAACUCAGGCAUUGCCCCCAAAUUUGGACUGUAAAAUCCACUUCCAAAAGACCUGCCUCCCAGAUGAAAAAAGGUCAAGAGACCCAGAGUGGUGCAGAUUGGAUGAAUUAGCCCUGUUGGAACAGCUGCCUGCAUGGCAAAGGGAAAUGCUGCUUAAUAUUGGGGGCAUCGCAAAAAUGUGGGGGCUGUUCAAUCCCUGGAUGAAUACUUUUUCCCACCCAAGGAAAUGAUGGCAAUCUCCCCUUGAUAUUGUAACACUAACCACAAACAUGUCUUUCCUUCUCAUAUAUGAACAAUUCUAAUUUGUGGGUUGUCAUAGGUUUUUCGGGCUACAUGGCCAUGUUCUAGAAGCAUUCUCUCCUGACGUUUCGCCUGCAUCUAUGGCAGGCAUCC